CGCCCCAGCCACUAGGCUCCGCCAAGCGAGCUAGCGAGCGGUCAGCGGGGAGCCGCGUGCGUCCCGUCCCGAGGCGACGCCAGCAGCCGGCAUGGCCCCCGCAGCGGCAUCGGGUGGCAGCAGCCUGCCCAGCGGCUUCUCAGUCUUCACCACCUUCCCGGACCUGCUCUUCAUUUUGGAGUUUGUCUUUGGGGGCCUGGUGUGGAUCCUGGUCGCCUCAUCCCGGGUGCCCAUGCCCCUGGUCCAAGGCUGGGUGAUGUUCGUGUCUGUGUUCUGCUUUGUGGCCACCACAGUCCUGCUCAUCCUGUACAUGAUUGGUGCCCAUGGCGGGGAGUCCUCCUGGAUCACCCUGGACGCAGCUUACCACUGUGUUGCUGCCAUGUUUUACCUCAGCGCCUCCGUCCUGGAGGCUUUGGCCACCAUCGAGAUGCAAGAGGGCUACACCUACAAAUACUACCACGAAAACAUCUCUGCUGUGGUGUUCUCCUACGUAGCCACUCUGCUGUACGUGGUCCACGCGGUGUUUUCUUUAAUCAGAUGGAAAUCUUCAUAAAACGGCAGCUGAAAACCCAGACGAUGUUAACAGAUCAGCCCACCUUCCAGCAUAACAUUUGGGAACGCAGAAAUGCUCUCGGUGGUGGAAAAAAGAAGGCCAAAAAAAGCAAGGCUCUGUUUCUUGUAGGUGUUCUGUUUACCCGCCUGCACAUCUUCACAUCAGUGGCGGGGGCUUGUUAUGUUUAACCUCCAACUACUGAGCUGUCUUUCUAGGGUCGUUUUCUAUUUGUGACGGGGGGUGGUGGGAAGUGGGCAUUGUGAUCUGGGAAAACACAGUGAAAACAAAGAUCCCUUGCUGAUCCCCGGCCCACAUCUUGAGAACUGUCUAUUGGAAUUUUCCACUGGCUCUUUUGAGCACCCAUCUUGGGCAUGCAUGUUUCUAAGUCUUCAUGGAUAUCUAUCUACCUGUCACGGGCUAGUUAAAACUCACCCAGCAAAUAUUUGCAGGUAUCCCCAGUGGAAGAUGCUAAACCUUUGAAAUACUUUAUAAAGUGCCUUUAUGUUCAAGA